AUGGAACGCACAAGAGCCAAAAUCCCCUCAACUAGGGCAAUACUCCCGGGGACCGAAACCCCACUGGUGGAUAUUUCCCCGAAACAUCAGACAAUAAACGUUAAUAAUUACUGAGGAGAGAGGGAGUAUUAGGGAAGGAACGUUAAAAGCUGCUUCGUCAUUAUCAGAACAUAUAAGAAUGUACCUUGUCCUCGCGGUCCGUCUAUCAGAACAACAAGACCACACGAGCUCCCGCAUCUACCACACACGACUCCAUCAAAAUGUACACCCGCACCCAGGUUCUCGCAGCUCUUGCAGCUCUUGGCGCCACCGGCGUGAACGCCGCCAUGGGUCCUGCUUUCAGCACUGGUCCGGUCUCCGACGACUCCUUCAUCCGUGAAGCUACCUCGACUCUUGUCCUCCCCAACGGCCCUAGCGGCGGCUCCUCCGAUGCUAUCACCUCCCUGUGGGUUGGUAUGGGCACCUCCAAUGGUGACCUGAUUCAGUCCAUUGCCGACAACUGGCAGCAGAGCGAUUGGACCAUGUACGCCUACACUCUUAAGGAGACCAGCGCUACUUCCCAGGAGCCCCUCUACGGUGAUGGCCAGGCUGACGGUACUAAGGGCGAUAAGGUCACCAUGCAUUACAAGUUCGAUGACUCGACCGGAAACUACACCCAGACCGUUUUGAUCAACGGCAAAACCGUCUCUACUCUCUCCACCAGCGAUGGCAAGGCUCAGGGUUGGGGUAGCGCUGUCGAGUGUGCCGAGGACAACUGCGGCACUGUCGGUGCUCACUCUUGGACCAACACCACGAUUAUCCUCGAUGUUGCUGACCCCAACUACAUCAACACCCUCGCCAAGGGUAGCGGCGUUACUGGCGACAUGUCCACCAGCGAUGGUGGCAAGACCUGGACUGUUACCACCAUUAACAUUCCUGAGUACUCUUUCUCUUCCUGAACGCACUGCAUAUUACAUCAGAACCUAUCUGGAUAUGGGGAUUGCUAGGGUAGUGCAGUGAUUCUUACCUUCGUCUUUGUAUUAGUAUUAUCCAA